UUCAUCAUCGCCUUCGUCUUGGCCUUCUCUGUUGGUGCCAACGACGUGGCCAAUUCCUUUGGGACAGCAGUGGGCUCAGGGGUGGUGACCCUCCGGCAAGCCUGCAUCUUGGCCAGCGUCUUUGAGACGGUGGGUUCUGUCCUCCUGGGAGCCAAAGUCAGCGAGACCAUCCGGAAAGGGCUGAUCGACGUGGAGAUGUACAACUCCACCCAGCAGCUGCUGAUGGCGGGGUCGAUCAGCGCCAUGUUCGGAUCUGCUGUGUGGCAGCUAGUGGCUUCGUUCUUGAAGCUCCCCAUUUCUGGUACCCACUGCAUCGUUGGUGCAACCAUUGGCUUUUCACUGGUGGCCAAAGGGCAGGAGGGUGUCAAGUGGUCUGAGCUGCUAAAGAUUGUAUUGUCCUGGUUCAUCUCACCCCUCCUUUCGGGCAUCAUGUCUGCUGUCCUGUUCUUCCUCGUCCGGAGGUUCAUCCUCUGUAAGGUGGAUCCCGUUCCCAACGGCUUGCGAGCUUUGCCAGUCUUCUAUGCCUGUACCGUGGGGAUCAACCUCUUCUCCAUCAUGUAUACCGGUGCACCUUUGCUGGGCUUUGACAAACUUCCUCUCUGGGGUAUCCUCCUAAUUUCGGCGGGGAGUGCUGUUGUCUGUGCUCUCGUCGUCUGGUUCUUUGUAUGUCCAAGAAUGAAGAAGAAAAUCGAACGAGAAAUCAAAUCAAGUCCUUCUGAAAGCCCCUUGAUGGAGAAGAACAUCAGCCCGAAGGAGGACCACAAGGAGCCCAAGGUGCCCCUGGGCGAUGCCAAGAGCCCUGUUGCUGAUGUGGGGUUGGCCGUGCCCCACCGGGCAGCAGUGGAGGAGCGGACAGUCUCUUUCAACCUGGGGGACCUGGAGGAGGCUCCGGAGCAGGAGAGGCUCCCCAGCCUCCUGAAGGAAACCAGCAUCGACAGUGGAGCUGUGCGGCUGCCCAACGGCAACCUCGUCCAGUUUAACCAGGCUGUGGGCCACCAACUGAGCUCCAGCGGGCAGUACCAGUACCACACCGUGCACAAGGACUCCGGCCUCUACAAGGAGCUGUUGCACAAACUGCACCUGGCCAAGAUGGGGGACUGCAUGGGGGACUCGGGGGACAAGCCCCUGCGGCGCAACAACAGCUACACCUCCUACACCAUGGCCAUCUGCGGCAUGCCCCUGGACUCCCUCCGUGCCAAGGAGGGGGAGGAGAUGGAGAAGCUGACCUGGCCCGUGGUGGACACCAAGAAGAGGGUCCGCAUGGACAGCUACACCAGCUACUGCAACGCGGUGGCGGAUGCCCACCCGGCUGCAGACGUGGAUCUGAACACAGCCCAGGUGGAGAUGGGCGUCAGCGACCACAAGGGCAGCAGUAGCUCCCUGGAAGAAUGGCAUGACCAGGACAAACCCGAGGUGUCCCUCCUCUUCCAGUUCCUGCAGAUCCUCACUGCCUGCUUUGGCUCCUUCGCUCACGGUGGCAAUGAUGUCAGCAAUGCCAUAGGUCCCCUGGUCGCACUCUACCUGGUCUAUCAGACGAGUGAUGUGGCUGCCAAGGUGGCAACUCCCAUCUGGCUCCUGCUCUAUGGAGGUGUGGGGAUUUGCAUCGGCUUGUGGGUCUGGGGAAGGAGAGUCAUCCAGACGAUGGGGAAGGACCUGACUCCCAUCACACCAUCAAGCGGCUUCAGCAUCGAGCUGGCGUCUGCCCUGACGGUGGUGAUCGCCUCCAAUGUUGGCCUCCCCAUCAGCACAACCCACUGCAAGGUGGGCUCCGUGGUCUCAGUGGGCUGGUUGCGCUCCAGGAAGGCGGUGGACUGGCGCCUCUUCCGCAAUAUCUUCAUGGCUUGGUUUGUCACCGUCCCCAUCUCGGGUCUCAUCAGCGCUGCCAUCAUGGCUGUCUUCAAGUACGCCAUCCUGAAGGUGUGA